AUUGGAAAUUAUGAACUCUCUCCUAUUCUUCCUUGACAGGGUAAAACAAUUCUUAACCCUGGUAAUGUAUAAAUUAAACAAUUUAAGAAUUUAAAUUCAAAUUAAUGAAUUUUUAAGAAUUUUGUAAAUGACAUGUUUAAAUUAAAAAAAAAAAUUCAGAACAGGCUUAUAAGUUGAAAAAAUUAUAAUAAUCUUUUAGUUGUCAUUUGAAGAUUAUCACGUGAGCUGCACGUGUACAGCCUUUCCCGCCUAAAAAGCCAAGUCGUUAAAAAGCCAACCAACCCAGAAAGGGAAUCCCCCAACUCCCUAACCAACAGAAAUACCUUCCAAACCACAAUUCACUUACCCGUUCUUCCCUCUCAACACCUCCCUACCAAAAACCCUAAAAACCUCUCUCUCUCUCUCUGGGUGUGUAAAUGCAGCAGAGGCCAACAAGCUCAUCUCGAGCACCUGAAGCAGAGAACUGUAUGAUGAAGGUGACACAACCACCACAGCAACAAGCCAAAUAUUCUCCAAGAAGCCUAAGGGUGGACAUCUCCGGCGGCCAACUUCCUCUCUACUUCCGUUCUUCUAAUCCUUUCAGAAGGGAUUACAAGGAGACUUUGCGCUCAAGAUUAGCCGCUGAGAAGUUGGUCCAUGUUAUCCCUGUCAUUGUUUUGCUCUGCCUCUUCACUCUCUGGUGGUUCUCUUACCCAGUUAACCUGGUGAUCAAGGAUGGCAAGAUCGUGGCAACACAUCGUUUUGGCAUGCCACAGCCUUUCAAUAAUAAUCAUGUUGAACUCGCCAUUUUGGUGUCUACAAUAUCCCCAGUCACAUCAGUUCCUCAGAAUUUCACAGUAAGCAAUGAAACUGAAGCUCAUCCAGUAAGUAAAACUGAUUGAUGAUUAAUUGGUGGCUUAUGAGAAGAAAGCUUCUGGGAGGAAAAAAAAAUUAUAAAUCAAUAUUUUGAUUGCAGUAGAGAGAAGUGCUUAGUUUUUCCAUAUGAAUGUAUGGCUAGAUAAAAGACAACUUGUAGCAGGUACAAUUCGUAGAGAAAACUAUGAUUGCUGAUGAACUUGUAUCAAAUUUACAUAGAUGAAAUGAAACAAGGAAAGGAAAAUUGUUGGUGA